AUGCGCUUCUCACUAUUGCUCAACGUCUUAGGCGUUGCAGCCGCUGAGAUUCCGGCUCGAAACGGCGAAAACUUUCUUCAUAGACGUAGCGAAGCUGCCACUAUACAGCCUACUGCUACCGCAAACAACGAAGUACCGAUCCAAGAUGGUUAUGUUGCUAACCCACCCAACGCUCAAACAUAUGGAGCUGAUGACGAGCCGAAAACAUCACUGGCGCAAGUACCUCAGGUCACCCAAUCUGUCUCAAUCGAGGACGAUGCCAAAAAGGAAGAACAGAAGCUGGAGGAAACCAGCGCUGCUGUCUCUGAACAAGGGGAUGUGGCCACUGAGACAAGCCCGAAGAUGGUAUAUAACCUCGCAUGCAGUUGCAAUCAGCCUGCCCCUAUUCCGACCAUCACGGGAGGGUAUACUGCCAAUCCGCCACCAGCUCCAGCUCCAACUACAACCAGUCAACUUACAGUGGUCCCGUACCCUACUUACACGCCUCCUGGGCCUGUAACCACGACGACGACCGAGCAAGCUCCAGUGCCUGAUCCUACAACAAGUUCAACUUACCAGGCCCCAGAGCCCUCGACCACGGUAUCUGAACCUGUAGUACCUUACCCUCCGCCGAGCUCUAUAUAUGAACCUCCACAAAUUUCAACCUCGAGCACCGAGGUUUAUGAGCCCCCUAGCACAACCAGCGACACACCACUUCCUCCUACUACCACAAUUUCGCCCCCUGUCACUACACAGUCAUGCGCGCCUGGCGAGCCUGUCACCGUGACAAACAAGAUUUAUGUUACCAAGACAGUCACGGACAAGGUCACUGAGACGAUGACUGAUAAGGUGACAGUGACUGAAACCCAAACUGCGGCGACAGAGACUAAGACGGUGACCGAAACGGUAACCAAGGGCACAACUGUGGUGCAGACUCAACCUCCUGUUACAGUCACUGCAGAUGAAGAUACAAUCACUGUACCCGGCCCUACAGUUACCGAAGAUGGAUACACAGUCACUCUACCUCCUGUUACCGUCACUGCAGAUGGAGGUACAGUUACAGUACCCGGUCCUACAGUUACCGAAGAUGGAGAAGCCGUCACAGUACCCGGCCCUACAGUUACCGGAGAUGGAUACACAGUCACUCUACCUCCUGUUACCGUCACUGCAGAUGGAGGUACAGUUACAGUACCCGGUCCUACAGUUACCGAAGAUGGAGAAGCCGUCACAGUACCCGGCCCUACAGUUACCGGAGAUGGAUACACAGUCACUCUACCUCCUGUUACCGUCACUGCAGAUGGAGGUACAGUUACAGUACCCGGUCCUACAGUUACCGAAGAUGGAGAAGCCGUCACAGUACCCGGCCCUACAGUUACCGGAGAUGGAUACACAGUCACUCUACCUCCUGUUACCGUCACUGCAGAUGGAGGUACAGUUACAGUACCCGGUCCUACAGUUACCGAAGAUGGAGAAGCCGUCACAGUACCCGGCCCUACAGUUACCGGAGAUGGAUACACAGUCACUCUACCUCCUGUUACCGUCACUGCAGAUGGAGGUACAGUUACAGUACCCGGUCCUACAGUUACCGAAGAUGGAGAAGCCGUCACAGUACCCGGCCCUACAGUUACCGGAGAUGGAUACACAGUCACUCUACCUCCUGUUACCGUCACUGCAGAUGGAGAUACAGUUACAGUACCUGGUCCUACAGUUACCGAAGAUGGAGAAACUAUCACAGUUCCCGGUCCCACAAUUACUGAGGCUGGAACUACUAUCACGGAGCCUGGGACCACUAUAACACUCCCUCAAUUAACUAUCACCGAGGCUGGAACAACCGUGACUUUACCCGAGAAGACUGUUACAGAGUCCGGCAGCACUGUGACUGAAGCUGGGACCACUAUCACUCUUCCUGAAGUAACAAUUACCAGGCCUGGUAGCACUGUUACUGAAGCUGGAACGACCGUUACUGAGCCUGGUUUGACAGUUACCGGUACUGUUACUAUCCCUGGAACCAGAAUUACUGUUACCGAGACUGGAGAAGAUGAGACUGUGACUAUUCACAGAACUGUCAUCCAACCAGGCGAAGACAAGACUAUAUUGAGAACCGUUACUCUUCCUGGCCAGGAAUCUGUUGUGACGGUAUCUGGUGAAGAGCGAACCGUUACAGUUCCUGGAGAGCGCACCGUGGUGACUGUGCCCGGUGAACAGGCCACUGUCACAGUAGAGUCCGUCGUUACUGAGCGUCUUCCAGCAGAAACGGUGACUCUUACAGAGGACGGAGAAACUGUUGUGACAGUGGUCCCAGGCCCAACAACUGUAUACACCACCACAUUGGUCAUUGGUCAGACCGUACAGCUUCCUCCAACCACCGUUACUGCUAUUCCCGGGCGCAUUACUCUGUGCCCUAAGCCUACAGGCAGAUCUGCGCCGCUCGACCCCAAAUCGGAUCGCACGUUUGGCUGUGAGCCCGGGUACGUCUGUAACCCUCCCAAGCCAUCGUGGUGUAACUUUUGGGCCGAGCCACCGUCUGAUGACUACCUAUGUGAGCCCCAGUACUGUAUCAAGGCUCCUAAACUUAAGAAGCCUCAAUGGCGCAAGAAUGAGACUGAGUACUAUCCACGAUCUCCCGGAUACUUUGAUCUGAACCCUGAGGCUUUCGGUCUUUCUUACGACAUUUUCGAGAAGCAAGUCUACGAAAAGGUCGUCAGCAGUGAGCUCAAGACCUUCACAACGGGCAACUGGGCCUCUCAGACGACCUUGAGUGACUGGCCCGAUGCUACUACCUCGGUGGCAGAGAACUACGAUUACGCUCCCAGUAGUAACCAGCGACGUGGACUACAUAUGUUGGAGACAAGAGACGUUACUCCGGCCAUUUGUUUCGAUGAUUGCAAUGGCGCGUACAGAAUUGCUCAGUCCGUUGGAAAAUCAGAUAGGCUUUGCAACGACGGUUCCUCGUUCCGUAAAAGUUACGGCGUUUGUCGAGAAUGCAUCAGCGAUAACUCUGAGGGGACUAAGAAAACUGAGCGAGACUACGUCGCACCUAAGUUCCAACAGUUCACCGAAUUCUGUGACGGUAAGGAUACUACAAGUGCCACGACAGCCGCGCCUGCCCCCGAGUCUCAGGUCACUGGAACUCCAGACGUGGAGACGGAGAGUCAGGUCGAAGCUACCUCGGGCGGAUUUGCUGCCAUCACAACCGCAGAGGAAUCUGAACCUGAGUCAAGCAGUGCUGCUGAGCCUCAGUCGACCGAUGAUGCUCCCGAGCCUACUUCCGCACAGGAAGACAAGACCACGGAUCAGCCUGAGCCUACUUCCAAUGCCCCUGUUACCACAGACGACUCUGAUGCUGUUUCUACGGACGAUUCCAAGCCUGUCUCUACGGCAGCUGAUUCCACACAAGACUCAGAGCCGACUCUGACAGCAGCUGGAUCAUCUUCAGAUGCAUCACAGCCAACUACAUCUGCGGAAGCUGCCGAACAGAGUGCCAAUACGACUGAGAGAACCGAAGCGACAGAGACUGAAACAGCAGCUGAAGAGGCAUCAACCGACGGGUCUGAAAACUCUGCAGCUGGUGAGUCCACCACUUUGCCUUUUACAACUAAUAGAGUUACCGUGACUGUUACAUCAUCCCUUGGGGAGUCUUCUGAGACUGAUGUCGUUUCUACCAUCACAGAAACAGGUUCAAGAACUGCUCAGACCAAGGGUGUCGAGACAGAUUCUUCCAAUACUGAUUCAGAGGUUGCCACUGAGACUGGUGACGCCGCAACUGAGACAGAUGGUUCGGGAACUGCUUCAGAGACUGGCAGUUCUGGAGCUGCUACUGAGACCACAAUCAAAGCCACACGCUCUGAUAAGACUGCUGCUACCGAAACUGAGACAGAAUCGGGGGCCGCUGUAACGGAAGCCACAGAAACAGACGAUUCAGAUGCCUCUACUGCCACCACUUCAGGUGAGAGUGAGAGCGAGAGUGAGACCAGGUCACGACUCGAGACACGCACUUCAACCUCUACGUCAGACGAGACCGCAGCACCUUCAACUGUCGAGGCUUCAGCAUCCCGCUUGACGGCCAGCUUUGCCGCUUUUAUCGCUCUUCUGUCGAUGCUAGUUAUCCUCAUUUAA